AUGUUGAAUGACACAGUAGGGCAUAGAUUUUUGAUUAGGCUGCAUGGAGCUUUGAUCAGGUGGAUCAGGUAUGGAAAGAUAGGAGAUUCUCAAGCCGCUGGUCGCAAUGCUGGACCAGUACGCGCACUAUCUGCAGUUACUGAUAUGCCCACUCAACGUCUGGCGAUGACCCUCAUUUCGCGCCAUUCAACUCUUUCGGUUCGAACAGCUUUCCCCAGGACUUCGAAACAAGACGUAUUAAGCCAAGAAACAAACAGCUCUCUAAAGUCCGCUGGAGCCCUGCUAGGGAAAUCAACACUCGGCCCCUGUCAUACAAUUCGAUUAGAACAGACGCCCUCGCAUUCUGGCGUCUUUACGGGACAGGGGCACAGUGGGAUCUCCUCAUCUACGGCCGUCGGUCGCAGCUCCGAACUCUUCUCCAUUGUAUUUGCUGUGGUUAUUUCCCUGCCUGGGCUCUACCAAGCCAGUACCCUCGAGCUGCUAGCCGCGCGACUCGCCGGCAAUUCAAACCUUGUGCACAUCGACUGGGAGAAGGAAAUGGAGCUAGAUAACAUGACGUUCGGGUCACCACGUUCCGCGAAUGGACAAAAAACCCCAACUCGCAGUACAGAGGGAAUUUCCGUUCCCCUCAAGGGUCCGACAGGCUUCUUGGGAACUGCUAUUCUACGCCAGCUAGUUCAUCUUGCCCACAUCGCCCAUGACCACUGCGCAGCAAUCCGCGUCAAUGCCCAGGGCGAGCCUCGAUGA